UCAGCUAUAAAGCUCUUAGAAAUUCUGACAAGAGCUUUUGUCGCUCCAAGGUUUUUUGUAGCUCCUAUCAAUCAUUUUUCUAAUACAGACACCAUCUCUGGCAUUAUUCAAAUCUGUUCCAAUUCAGAGCAUUUAAAAAUUUUGAGUUUAAGUCUACUCUUUCUGAAAGCUCCGGUAAAGCUUCCAAAGAGAGUUAGCUUAAAUUUUAAAAAAUAAAAAAAAGUUUUCUGGUCAUCAAAACAUUGAAAUAUUCAGGGAAGAAUUUAUCAAACAUUUCUACUCUAUAUUUGAAAAGCAUGCAAAAAUGACCAUGGAGCAGUACCGCCCUUUGGAAAUUUCACCUCCUGAAUUUGCUGCAAUGAUAGGAAUACAAUUAUGGAAUUGUGUGGAAAGAUAUGCACCCCAGAUAGAUUUAAUAUCUGAAAAACGCAACCAACUUUAUUCUGAACUUUUAUCUGUUCUGGCACAGAGGUUGGGUUCUGAUUCUGCUGCUAUCGGCGUUCGCUAUGGCCGAAUAAUGGGUCUUAUACAAAAUAUUACUAUUCAUUUACACGAUUUGGAGGAAAUAAAUACUUUAUUAAAAAUUUUUAUGCCAAUGCCCUUUUCUGACAUCUGGGAUGAAUUGAAGAACGAUAAGCAUUAUAAUGAUAAAGAAAUAUUAUCAAUAGAAGUUGAAAAAGAUAAUGGAUUUUAUCCAAAUUUUUAA